CGGAUUCUGCUCUCGCCGCCCCCGGAGCCCUCGGCGCCCUGCUGAGCCCGCGGCAGCCUCCUCCCAGUGACCGACCAACGCUGCAGCUUAGAGCCUGGCAAUGCCGUUUGGGUGUGUGACUCUGGGUGACAAGAAGAACUAUAACCAGCCAUCAGAGGUGACAGAUAGAUAUGAUUUGGGACAGGUCAUUAAGACGGAGGAGUUCUGUGAAAUCUUCCGUGCCAAGGACAAGACCACUGGCAAGCUGCAUACCUGCAAGAAGUUUCAGAAGCGGGAUGGCCGAAAGGUGCGGAAGGCAGCCAAGAAUGAGAUUGGCAUCCUCAAGAUGGUGAAGCAUCCCAAUAUCUUGCAACUGGUGGAUGUGUUUGUAACCCGCAAGGAGUACUUCAUCUUCCUGGAGCUGGCCACGGGGAGGGAGGUGUUUGACUGGAUCCUGGACCAGGGCUACUACUCGGAGCGAGACACGAGCAACGUGGUGCGGCAGGUCCUGGAGGCUGUGGCCUACUUGCACUCACUCAAGAUUGUACACAGGAACCUGAAGCUAGAGAACCUGGUUUACUACAAUAGGCUGAAGAACUCGAAGAUUGUCAUCAGCGACUUCCAUUUGGCUAAGCUAGAAAAUGGCCUCAUCAAGGAGCCUUGCGGGACCCCUGAGUAUCUGGCCCCAGAAGUGGUAGGACGGCAACGGUAUGGACGUCCUGUGGACUGCUGGGCUAUUGGCGUCAUCAUGUACAUUCUGCUUUCAGGCAACCCACCCUUCUAUGAGGAGGUGGAAGAAGAUGACUAUGAGAACCAUGAUAAGAAUCUCUUCCGCAAGAUCCUGGCUGGCGACUAUGAGUUUGACUCUCCAUACUGGGAUGAUAUUUCUCAGGCAGCCAAAGACUUGGUCACAAGGUUGAUGGAGGUAGAGCAAGACCAGCGGAUCACUGCAGAAGAGGCCAUCUCCCAUGAAUGGAUUUCUGGCAAUGCUGCUUCUGAUAAGAACAUCAAGGAUGGUGUUUGUGCCCAGAUUGAAAAGAACUUUGCCAGGGCCAAGUGGAAGAAAGCUGUCCGAGUGACCACCCUCAUGAAACGGCUCCGGGCACCAGAGCAGUCUGGCACAGCUGCCUCUCAGUCUGCCUCAGCCACAGAGUCUACCACCCCCGGGGCUGCAGGUGGGGCCACAGCUGCUAGUGGAGCUGUUCCAGCCUCAGGGGGCAGUGCUGCUGCAGCCACAGCGGGAGAUGCCGCAUGUGCUGCCAAGAGUGAUAAUGUGGCUUCUGCAGACCGUAGUUCCACCCCGGCCACAGAUGGCAGCACCACUCCAGCCACUGAUGGUAGUGUCACCCCGGCCACUGAUGGCAGCAUCACCCCAGCCACUGACAGGAGCGCUACUCCAGCCACUGAUGGGAGAGCCACACCAGCCACAGAAGAAAGCACGGUGCCCACCACUCAAAGCAGUGCCACACCUGCUGCCAAGGCAGCUACCACCCCUGAACCAGCUAUGGCUCAGCCAGACAGCACAGCCCUAGAUGGCACCACAGGCCAGGUUCCACCCUCUAGUAAAGGGGAAGAGGCUGCUGGCUAUAUCCAGGAGUCUCAGAAGGAGGAGACUAGCUGAAUGGGCAACCUGGUUGGGGGUUGGGGGACUCACAGGAGGGUGGGAAAGUGGAUGAGGGGAUUCUCACUGUACAUAGAGUUGCUGGAAUGAUGCCCUUGCUCCCCCAAGCCCCCUAUCCCAGUGGGGCAUGCCUGGGGGGUCACAGGAGAGCAAUCUUAUCUCCUGUAUGUAUGUGUAUGAGUGGUGGGUUGGCCAGAGGAAGGGUCAGCCCCAGCCCCUGCAUGGAUUCCUUGUGGCUUUUUUGUCUUUUGCCAGCUUCUCUAGUUUUUCUGUUCCUUAUUGAAUGCUGCUCUAGGGAUACUCAGGGGGUCCCUGCUUUUCUCCUUCCCUUCCUGCCUCAUCAUUCCCCCAGGCAGGCCCUGCAAGUCCCAUAUUUUCCCAGUCCCUAAAUUGGAUGGCCUUGCCCUGAGAGCUGGUCUUCCAGCGAGGCCCUGUCAGUGGUCAUAGGCUCCUGAACUUGAAGGUGUGUACCUGUAAUGUGUGGGCUGCUCUAGGAGUAGAUACUGGCCAAUAUAGAGGAUGUAGAAAUCUAGGGCACUGUGCUUUACAUCAAGACUGGUCACAUGGCUAGGGGCACUGCAUGCUAGCUGUGGGGGUCCUCAGAAGUAGGAAAGAAUGAAUAGGAGGGUGGAAGAUUCCACAUUUGUCCCUGGGAAGGCCCUCCUAAGACCCUGCCAUGGAUUGCCCUCUCAUGAGCUUUUAAUGGAAAGGAAGAGCAAUUAAGAAUUGGCAGUGAGGGUCAGGGAUUUAGCUCAGUGGUUCCUGAGAUCAAUCCCCGGUA